AUGGCCACAACCGAAGUUGAGCGAGCAGCCAGCCUCCUAGAUGCACAAGACAAGGCCGCCCAACUCUUCAUUGAGAUCGAACGCGACCUUAUCCGCCCCGGCGUCAGCGAGAAGACACUCAAUGACGAGAUCUACAAACUCGGUUUCGACCGCUAUGGCAUCAAAACCCACUGGCACAAGCGAGUCAUCCGCAGCGGACCUAACACUCUGAGUCCCUUCUCCGACAACCCUCCAGACCGCGUCAUCCAAUCCGACGACAUCCUAGUCGUAGAUCUAGGACCCGUCUUUGAAGCCUGGGAGGCAGAUUUCGGGCGAACCUACGUUCUCGGCAAUGACCCUCAUAAAAUCAAGCUGCGCGAUUCACUGCAGCCCAUCUGGAAUAUUGUCAAGGCGAAAUAUGACGAGAAUCCGGAUAUGUCGGGAGACGAACUGUACGAUAUUGCGUGUGGAAUUGCGGGGGAACAUGGAUUUGAUUUCGGAGCUGAUAUUGCGGGGCAUCUGGUCGGCUCUUUUCCCCAUGAGCGGAUUCCAAAGGAUCGGACUACGCUCUACAUUACUAAGGGUAAUAAUGAGACUAUGAACAAGCCAGGGAAGGACGGAUAUAAACGGCACUGGAUUUUGGAGAUUCACCUUCGGAAUACUGCGCUUGGAUUUGGGGGGUUCACUGAACAGCUGUUGACAAUUUAG